AUGGCUGAAGAUGAGGAAGAGCUCCUGCGAGUGUAUGGGGGCAUUGAUAUGAGUAAUCACCUGGAGGUUUUUACUACACUUUUUAACAAGGUGAGCAGCUCCCCAGCCUCUCUCCAGCUGUUGUCCAUCCUGCAGACGUUGCUGGUGCUGGGACCAGGGCGCCCUGACAUCUGGCUGGCUCUGGAGGCCAUCACUAACAGAGCCAUACUGCUCGCCCAGGACUCUCAGAUGGAGUCCUGUGAGAAGAUCAUGCAGCGGCUGAUGGUUUUUAAAAGAAAAAGCUGCGACGAUCGGCACGAGGUGGACGGACUGCGGGUCAAAGUGGAUAAGGCUGUGCAGACGGAGCUGGAUCACCCGUACACGGAGAAGCCAAACAAAAGCACACCGUCCCCUAAAAGGCCACUGUGUACCUCUGUUCCACCGCCACCCCCACCACCCCCUCUACCGCCCUCUAACCAGUGCCCGCCACCGCCGCCACCGCCGCCACCUCCUCCACCGCUACCUGGAGGGUUUGCUGGUCCCCCGCCACCUCCUCCAUUGCCUGGAAUGGCUCCCCCACCACCACCUCCUCUGCCCUUUCUGCCCUUUGGACCAGGGGUCCCCCCUCCUCCCCCGCCCUUACCAGGGAUGGGUGGUGGGCCACCACCGCCUCCACCUUUACCCGGCAUGCCACCACCACCUCCACCUUUACCCGGCAUGCCACCUCCACCUCCAACAGGCAUGAUUGUGGCCCAGAGUAGCCAGGCCCUGGGCUGCAGCGCGCCCUCAAAGACAAGCCGCUGUCCCACUCUGAGGAUGAAGAAGCUCAACUGGCAGAAACUUCGCACUGUUACUGAUGGUCACUCCAUGUGGGCCUCGGUUCAGAAAGAGCCGCCUCCUCACGAGCCCGACUACAGCAGCAUCGAGCAGCUGUUCUGCCUCCCGGUGGCCGAACACAAAGACAAGGGGGCAGCUGCUCCUGUCAAGAAGGAGCCUAAAGAGAUCACGUUCAUCGACCCAAAGAAAAGCUUGAACGUGAAUAUAUUCCUCAAGCAGUUCAAAUGCACAAACGAGGAGUUUGUGGGCAUGAUCCAGAGUGGGGAUCGGACUCGGUUUGACGUGGAGGUGCUAAAACAGCUGCUUAAGCUCCUGCCAGAGAAGCAUGAGAUGGAGAAUCUGAAGUCCUACCAGGGAGAGAAAGACAAGCUGGCAAACGUCGAUCGCUUCUACACCGCUCUCCUUACUGUGCCGUGUUAUCAGUUGAGGAUUGAGUGCAUGCUUUUGUGCGAGGAAACUGCAUCAGUGUUGGAGAUGCUCAAACCUAAAGUCAAGCUUAUGGAGGAGGCCUGCCACUCUCUUAGAACGAGCACGCUCAUGCCCAGUUUUUGCAGGCUCAUCCUCGACGUGGGAAAUUUUCUCAACUAUGGAAGUCACACUGGGAACGCCGAGGGCUUCAAGAUUAGCUCCCUGCUCAAGCUCACAGAAACCAAGGCCAACAAGAGCCGCAUUACGCUGCUUCAUCACAUCCUGGAGGAAGCAGAGGCAAACCACCCAGAGCUGUUGGCUCUACCGGAUGAAAUAGCCAUAUGUGAAAAGGCAGCAGGAAUUAACCUGGACUCUGUUCAGUCAGAAGCCAGUGCGUUACUCAAACGGCUGAAUGAGACAGCCAAGAAAGUCUCCAACUCUGCGGAGGAGGUGAAGGAGCAGUAUGCAAAAGUUCUCGAGGCAAAUCUGGAGUUGUUCGGAGAAUUAAACGAGAGAUUCGCCGUGAUUGAGACGAAAAAGGGUGAACUGGCUGUCUAUUUAUGUGAAGAUGCCAAUCAGCUGUCACUGGAGGAACUCUUCGGUACCAUCAGGACUUUCCGAGGACUCUUCAUCAAGGCGCUGAAGGAAAACAAAACUCGGACAGAACAGGCGGCCAAGGCUGAGAAGAGAAAGAAGCAGCUGGCAGAGGAAGAGUCCAAGAGACAGAAAGGAGAGAAUGGGAAAAUAAUCAAGAAAGGUUUUGUGCCGCAGAACGACGGCUGCAUCAUAGAAAACCUCCUGGCGGACAUCAGAAAAGGUUUCAGCCUCAGAAAGACCCGGCCAAGGUGCGAUUCGGAAAGCCUCCCUUCUAGUGAAAUGCGUAGGGAUACCUGCCCACAUGGAUCAAGUGCGAAGUCUGUAGGCGAAGAAGCCGUCGACAUGGCCACCAUUUCCGCUCCUACCGCGUCUCGGACAGAGGGUCGCCACAACAGCACGGGCGAGGUGAACGGCUUUAUAAGCCCGUCAGAAGAGACUCUGCCGGCUCCUCAGCUGAAUGCAGUGCACGACGGCACAGCCGCACCUCCAAGCACACUCCCAGGAAAGACAGCUCCAGCGGCACUCCUGGGAAGACCUACAUCUCUGCAGCCAGAGAAAGAUGCAGCAUCACCCAUAGAUGUGACUCAAGCUCAGUCUCAGGUUAAAGGGGACCACCAACCAUGCCUCCCCACAAAUGGCUUUUCACUAGAUUCAGCAGAGACCAGCGUCAUCAGUCCUUCAUCCCUCUCAGACUCUGACCUGCUGGAGGCUACGUUUGACGACACACCCAGCCCGGCCCCCGAGCAGCCAACGGAUCUUAGCGUAAACGUUCAUGUCAAAGAAAUUCCAAGUACGGACACAAAGCGGAGCAUGGAAAGCGAUAUUAUGGGAGAGGGGAAAGGAGAAACUACUAAUAAACCAAGCCAUUUACCAGAGACUGUAGGGCAAGAGAAGUGGCACGAGGAGACCGCGUACACGGGGGCGAAAACGUCUGGCCAAGACGAGGUCGAUAGUUGCAAACUUGCAGACCCCAAAAAGAGCCUGAUUACGCUCGAUGAAGGCAUCGUGCAAUGCGACGUCCAAGAUGCACUGGAACCAGAAGAUCUGGCAUCUGUGUCCGAAGCCCUUAAGCCAGACCCAAAGAAACAGAUGAAGCUCUUUAAACGAAACAAAAAGAAGAGUAACCAAGGUGACUCCAGAAAAAGAAAAUCGAGAGGGAAAAGAAAAUGCUGACUUCCGAGCAGGAGUUGAGAACAGUUUAUUUUAUUGGGAUUCCAUAAUGUUGAUUGGAGGAUGUGGAAGUCUUCUGUGAAGCCUCAUCCUGACCAAGAAGAGCGACCACAUCUGAGGCUGGGAUUUAUUUUUUUCUUCAAUAAAUGUUUAUUUCUAUAGCACCUUUCAAGA